AUGGAUACAGAACCCCUCUGCCGCGUUCCAGUUGCGCUGAAUAGCAUUCGAGAGCUCUCGGAAGAGGAAAAUAGCAUCAAUAUUCAAUUGACUGAUGACGAAGAUGAAUCGUCGUGUUCAGAAACCGAGUCUGACAAAGCAUUCGUUGUCCCGGAUAAUAUCCAAUUAGUGAAUCCGGAACAUGAUUCUGAUUAUGAACCUCCUGAUUGCGAUUACGAGCAAUCCACGCAGACUUUCGACGAAAGCGAGGUCAGUGAUCCAUUGAAGCCUAAAGAUAUAUCAUUAAUAUCAACCAAGGAUGGUACCCUCAAUCCAGAGAUAUUGGAUAGAAGAAAGGUUUACCGACGACGACACUCAGUUACUCAAUAUCAGAUCAAGAUAUGGGUCGAUGGAGAACACAUCGGAUUUUUGUUUGACUGGAUGCGAGCUUUUCAGGAAGCGGAUAAUGAGAGCACAACUUAG